GAUUUGUGGACAUGACUGUUUUAUUCUGAAACGUUUGGGGCGGAAGUGUAUCUUGUUGCUGAUAGCGGAACAGUGGUUUGUCCUGAGUUGAACGACAAAGGGCUGCAAAGGAAUUGAGACCGGGUACAAAGGCGCUCCUCGUAUCACUGUUAAAGCCUCGCUGUGCACACAGACAGUAUUUCGCGCCCUGCUCCUAUCCUUCAGUUGGAACCCAGUGCUACAUUCUCCGUCACCAACGGCACCAGAGGGACCCAUUUCAUAUUUGGACCUGUGGCUGGUGCUGCAACAGUGACAGCGCUCAGAUUGGCUCAGAUUGAGACCCAGGCGCAGAUUGCCCUCCAGCAGCUUACUACUCUAGCAACUAUUGUUGGCAACCAGUGUCACAACAUCAACGGGUUUGCAGCAGCAUUAUCUCCUUACUUGGCCCUACUGAAUCUUCUCAAUAGACAACGGGGGUCAGCUGUUGGGUUUAACCGAGGCACCACCAGCAAAGGUUACAGAAACACACAAGUGUGUUUCUCUGCUGCAAUGUACCACCACCACUCUCAACAACAGGGGCCACCUCAUGGCCCCAGACCUCCUCAUCAUCAGCCGCCUCCAAACCAACAUCAGAAUCGCCCUGCACCUGAUAUGCUUUCGCAGGUGAUGGGUUUCCAGUUUCCCCGUCCCACUCAGCUCCCCGAUGAACUUGAGUCUGCCCUGGCCAUACGUGGUGGUAGGGACAUGGAUCACCGCCUUGUUGACCACAUGAACCGAGCAAACCAACAUCAAAACCAAAGCUCAGAUUCUGGGAUUGGUCAACAUGGAAGCUACAGCUCUAACCCAAUGGCACUCACCACUGAUAAUCAGCCCAGCCAACAGCAAGGAGUAGACUGGUCUAGCUACCAACCUCCAACUAAACUGUUUGCCAGUCCUCCACCUAAUACUAGCCACCAGCCCCAACGACACCAAGGGCCGCAACAACAGCCCCAGAGCAGCCACACUGGAACAGGCAUGCAAAGCUGGACUCCCCCUGUAACUGAAUUACCAUCUUCGCAAGCCCGCCACCCCCACAGUGGUGGUGGGGAUGGGCAGGGUUUGUACACACCGGAAAGUGCAGGAAGUAUAUUGGCUAGCUUUGGACUUUCAAAUGAGGAUUUAGAAGUCCUGAGUCACUACCCUGAUGAUCAGCUAACUCCAGAUACUUUACCGUUCAUACUCCGUGACAUCCAAAUCAAUAAGUCAGGCAACCAGAAAAAUGUGGCUUCCACUUCCACAUCCUCGUUCUCACGCAACAUUCAUGAUAUGCCACUGCCUUCUUCCCGUUCUUCGCCUUUGGCACGUUCACGCUCUCCGGAAGUGCCCAGCCUUCUAACUGUUACACAGACAGCAGGUAAAGUCAUUGACUAUGGUCAUGCCAGUCGGACAAAGGAAGAGAAUACUACUAGAGAGACUUUCAAAAGAGAGCCGCUCUCCAGUGAAAGGACAGUUAAAAUGUACCCAUCUUCUUCGUCCACCUCAUCAGCUCCAAAAGCUGAUAAAGCUGAAAGGCGGCAGGUUCGCUUGGAACACACUGAAUCAAGCAAGCAUGGAGACCGGGACUAUCGCAGGACAAGUAGCGACCAUCGCAAGAGCAAUCGGUCACCUGGCAGGGAUUUUCCAUCAUCAUCAUCUAAAUCUCGUAAUCUAGACAGGGACUACAGACGUGAUGGACCCAAACUUCGGCCCUCAUCUGAAACCAGGAGUGAGGCUUCUUCAAGACGGUCUCUCUCCUCUUCAUCUGGCUCUAAACCACACAGCAGCAGCAAGAAGUUACCUACCCCCACCAUGAUAAGUGAUUUCUCAGCUGUGUCUCCAAAGGUGUAUCCCCAUACCUGCUCCUUGUGCAACAUACAGUGUGAUCAGGAAAAGGACUGGGUUGACCAUAUUAACACUGUUAACCACACUGCUGCCUGCAGAGACCUCCGCAACAAGUACCCUGAUUGGAAACCGAAUCUACCAAGUCGCAGUGGGCGAUAUGGCAGCCGGGCUCUGUGGGAUCCCAGGGAUGGCUCUCCAUCGCAUUCCAUGUGCGGAUCCCGUUCUUGUUCUCCUACCCCAAGUCCUCCUCACAGCAAAAAUAGGGCGGGCCCCUAUCUCCACAGGCCACACGGGAGGCCUUAUUCACCCAACUAUCGCCAUCAACACUACACAGGGGGUUCCUCUCGCAGUGGUGUGAAACGUCCUCAUGAUAAUUCUGCCAAGUUCCCCUCUGACUCCAGCAGACAUCCAUCCUUCUCCAAGGUGGGGUACAGCUCCAAACAUGGACCACCACAGGCCUCCACCAAAACCUUUAAGAGCAUGAUGAGGCCUGGAACCAAGGCCACUAAGACGACUGCCAAGCCUCAACCAGCUAAGAAGAAGAAGAAGCUCGGGACUUUAGGCUCCCAGGACUCUUCUGUUGCAGAUCGUCUGGUUUAUCUGACAGGAAUCCCAAAGGAUGCCACAGAACAAGAAGUUACUGACUUGGUCGGGUCCUUUGGAAAGAUCAACAAUGUGAUCCUCAUGCCAUGCUCUGAGGAAGAGAGUGAGAAGGGUGAAGGACAAAAGGCAUCUGUCUGCAUGGUGAAGGCAGAAGAUGCUCAGGCUCUGGCUACCUCAACAGAUCUCUCCAUCAGAGACCAGCAAAUCACUGCUUUAGUAGCCAAGAAAUCGGAAACAGGCCCAUCAAAUGAUGCCAACAGCAGCAAACCUGCUGCAGAUGAGGACAAAGGUGCAGUUGAGGAAGACUCUGGAGGUGAGGCUGACCAGAAGACCUCUGAUGAGAAAGGCGUUCUGUUGAUCACAGGACUUCCUGAGAGCGGCUGGUCAGAGAGUGACAUCAUCAAGCUGGUUCACCCCUUUGGAACUCCCUCUGACAUCAUCCUGGCAACAAAAAUUGGAAAGGCACUUGUGUCAGUUCCAGACAUGGAGAUUGCUCAAGAGAUAGUGAAAGUCAACACCUUUAUGCCUAUGAAGAUCAACAACUCUGAGCUGAAGAUGAUUCAUCUCAAACAGUGCAUCACUCUCACCACACCGGUGGCUCUGUACAAUCUACUGAUUGGAUCAGUGGACCCAUUAGAGAGUCCUGUUCCAGUAGGUUGGAGCAGCCUGUUGGUGAUCAGAAAUGUUCCCAACACACCAGCUGGCUCCUCUGAGGUCCAGAAACUGGUGCGACGUUUUGGUACCGUCAUCAAGACCCUAGAGCUCAGCAGUAUGGUAAUUUGUGAGAUGGCAACUGCAGCCAUGGCCCUUUCUGUUUACAAACGCUUUCAGGCGUUCCCAUGCAUCAUCCAGAACAAUCCUCUGUUCUUUUCCCGCAAGCCUGACCCCAAAGCCAACACGCAGACCAAAGUCAUCACUGCAUACCUUGAUUCAUCUGAGGAUACACCAGCAAAUGGCAAAGGCAGCCAAAAAGCAGCAGCUGCAGAAGAGGAGAUGGCACAUAAAGAGGACUCUGAAUGUCCAUUGGAGGGCAUGGAAAAAGACAGUGAUGGGAAGGAUGAGAAAAUGAAGAGCGAGAAGAGAAUUGGUGAAGAUGAGGAUUUGAGAGACAAUGGGAGCAAAGACACAGAGAUCAUUAAAGACGAGCUUACUAAUACUGUUUCUGACUCCUUCACUGCACCAGACGCCAAACCAAAAGCAGACUUGGAGACAAAAGAAAAAUCAGCUGUUGAAAUUGUCAUGGAGGCAGCAGAGGAAACAAAAAGUGUAGAUGAAUCCAAAGUAGGAGAUGGUGACACUCAGGCUGGUGAAGACACAAAAACACCUAGCUCUGAUGCCAAAGCAGUUCCUCAAGAGAUGGCCAUGCCACAGCUCCCCAAGGUGACGCAAGAGAUGGUUAAUGCACUGCUUGUGGAGUGCCGAACAAGGACAGCCAGCCAUCCCAACAGCAUGGCAUUUCCCACCAAUGGGAAUCACAGUGAAACACAAAUGGAGACAGACCAGCAUGAAAAAGCAGCAGAGGAAACAAAAGAGCCAGCCAAGAUCGUCACAGAGGAGGAGCAGUCAAAGAAGCAGGAGAGGGAGCGAAAAGAGAGGGAGUUGGAGGAGGAGUUGGAUGCGUUCCCAUUCAACAUGAGUGACUUUGUAACACUAGAUGAAGUAGGAGAUGUGACCGACCUUCCUCACUCUCCUUCUCCCACUGUUCCCAUGCAAGACAAUAAAAACGCAGAGGGAGGGGAGGACGAUCCCACAUCUGUCCCAAAGGAUGCCCCAGAGGAUGUUACCACAGAAAUAAAAAUGUUGGACACCACAGUGACCCUGAUUGAGUCUGAUCAGCUUGUGUCAGGGUCUGACCCUGUGACUGUGCUGACUGGUGGUUUGGUGUCAUCAGAUCUGACAGCUGGUGUUAUCCCAACAACUGAAGCGUCACAUGCACUUGCUUCACAGUCUGAUUCUUCCCAAACCCAAACACAGGUGGCAGCAUGUGAACCAGAAGCACUUAAGACAGAGACCACACAGACAGCCACUUUGGACUCCAUCUCAGAGGUUGGACCCUGUGUGACACCUGCCCCUGCAGCUUCAACUGCCCCAGCUGACUCCUGUUCAAACAGCCCUGCAGCAGAGGCAGCGACUGCAGAGAGUGAGGAAGAUGAGAAAGAGAACAGUGCUCUCAAUCAAACCAAGGCUAAGGGGGAGGAGAUUGUGGUGGUCACUGAUAGGACAGUGGAACACGAGAAGAUGCAGGAUGGAACGGACAAAGAGACGGGAGCUCCUGCUGCAGAUCUGAGAAAGCUGGAGAGGUCUGAAACAAACACUGAAGAGAGUGAGAAGGAGAAAUUGAAGACAGAAACUCAGACAAGAACAGACAACUCCCUCCCUCCCUUUGACCCUAGCAAACCAGUCGGUAUGGAGUUCUUGCUCCCAAAGACAGGUUUCUUCUGUAAGGUGUGUAAUAGGUUCUUCACUGGAGCCAAAGAGGCAGAAAUCAACCACUGCAAAACCCUCAAACACUACGAUAACCUACAGCUGUCAGCUGAACAUCGACCUGAGCAACAGCUGUUCCCCACCAACUUCCCAGCACAUCCCAAUUCCAAUGUCCACACUGCCCAUUCCUGGAAGGCCCGCAAUAGCUUGGUGCUGUCCCACUGUCAAAUCAUCAAGGGCAUGUGA